UCAGUCUGACAAUUUAUGGUGGCAAUGAUUGCAGAUAUACACAUCAAUAACUUAGUAAUGAACCAAAAAUAUUGCUAUUUAAUACUUUCUCUUUAUUAUUCUUAAUUGAAUCUUUCUUAAUGUAGAUUUCUUACACAAGAUGUAAAAUUGAAUGCAGAAAAGGGUAAUGAACUCUUCCACUUUGAGGCCAGCAUGGCGGACUACGGUCUUGGUUCUCUGGGCCCUGCUGGAUCACUUGCAGCUGCUGGAGCCUUGUCACAGCCAGCAGAGAAAUACAUCAACAAUCCUGAUCUUGAGCUGGCCUGGGCAUCAAAGGCCUUCCAACAUGCUGAAGUCUAUUUCAAUCUCAUAUCAUCAGUGGACACCACAUGUCUGAAACUUACUGGGAAGAUGGAUGAGGAAAUCUAUACAGAGUUCAGAAAAGACUUUCCUGACAUGCAGGUAGCUUCUGUUACUGAGGAUGAGCUAAAAUCAGAAGCUGCAAAAUCAAAAUGGCGGCCAUUCUGCAACAAGUUUGAAGGGAAGGUGGCAGAUUUUAACUUCGGAACACUGCUGAGACUUAGGUCUGACGAGGACUACUCUGAAGACAAUUCCUGUAUUGUGCCAAGAAUUCAGUUCUACGCCAUGGAAAUUGCCAGAAACAGGGAGGGCCACAACCUCGCAGUAUGGAAGAAGACAAAAGAAGAGAAAGGAACCACUGAGGACACAGCACAGGAAGAGUCAUGACAAGCCUUGUACUAAAAACUGUCAACUUCAUGUAGAUAUUGCUUACUGUCUUCUUGUUUAGGAUGAGUCGCAAGUGACCAGAAAAUGGCAUUGCUAGAAUACUGGAUUUUUCUAAUUAAAAGACAAUGUUAAUUUUGUAUCUUAAAAGGAUUUUGUAUGUUCAAUUAGCACAUUUAAAGACAAUGUUCAUGUUAUAUCUAAAGGAUUUUGUAUGACGUUCAAUUAGCAAAUUUAAAAUUUCGAGUUAUCUGAGCUUAUCAUUACUUUUGUGUAUUAAGUCUUCAUACCCUAUGUUAACCCCAGUCACUGACGAAAAGUUGGAACGCCUAAUUGAAACGCCUCGACAUUUAACAAAAUUUAUCCAGUUGCUCAAGGGUAUCUCAUUACCUGGAUGCCUAACCUUCAUUGACAGACGUCGCUAUGUUUACUUAAGUAAUAUUUCUACUCUCUUUGCAUCAAACAGACAGGGUAUGCUCUGCCUGAAAAUAUAACAGUCUAACAGCAA